GGGGCGUGUUCUGGGGGCGGGAGCGGUCCUCAGCUCGACCCAGUUUGAAAGUGAACGGACGGUCCAGUCUUCGCUUCAGCCACCAGACGUCAACAAUUAGCCUACUUGUCAACAAAAAAGAACAAAAAUAAACAGCAGCCCCGAUCCCGAGUGUGCUUCAACCUGCCGCCGGCCCUCCUAACGAGCCGCCACCAUGAUGCGAAAGGACGUGAACAAGCCCAAGGGGAAGACGUCUGCGUACGCUUUCUUCGUGCAGACGUGUCGAGAGGAACAUCGCAAGAAGAACCCGGAGCAGUCAGUGAACUUUGCCGAGUUCUCCAAGAAGUGUUCAGAGCGAUGGAAGGGUUUGUCUCCCAGUGAUAAGAAGUGUUUUGAGGACAUGGCCAAGGCCGACAAAGUGCGUUACAACAGGGAGAUGAGAGAUUACGUCCCACCCAAAGGCUUUGGAAAGAGGGGGCGCAAGAGGAAAGACCCUAACGCACCCAAGCGGCCACCGUCGGCGUUCUUCGUGUUCUGCAGUGAGUACCGUCCCAGCGUGAAGCAGCAGUACCCCGGGCUCUCCAUAGGCGACUGCGCCAAGAAGCUGGGUGAGAUGUGGAGCAAGUUAUCACAGUCUGACAAGCUGCCGUACGAGGAGAAGGCGCAGAAACUUCGGGAGAAAUAUGACCGGGAUAUGGUAGCGUAUCGGGGUGGCGUGUCAUAUGCCAGGAACCCCGGUUCAUCCGCUCAGGGCGGUGAGGAAGAGGAGGAUGACGAGGGCGAGGAUGAUGAUGAAGAGGAUGAUGAUGACGAGUAAGGUGAGGUCCGAGGACGAUGAUAAUAGAGACCCCUCCCCACAACCAUCACUGUUGCCAUGGUUACACCAGCCCCCUCCCCUCAGCCAUGCUUACCUGUAUGUUGCCAUGGAGACCCUGGACUAUUCAUUGUCAUGCUUUUAUUUGUUUGUUUUUGUUCACAGUCAAUGUAGAAACAACUUUUAUAAUAAAACAAGGGAGGAAAACGCA